UCAUCUUGCUUCUCUUUCACGCCCCUCUCAACCCUUGGAUUAUUUCCUUCUAUGUCUCUCCCCACUUCUUUAUGUGCCUUCCCCCGUGCCUUCACCGCGGCCCUUGGGCUUGUUGGUUCACACCGCGCGGAAAUCAAGCGGGGCGAAACCUCGCCGCCUUCUGCCUGCCGCUCUCUCUGCCUUCCUUCCCCUCCAGAUCCGGACUCUCCCGGCGUUGGUUUCCUUGCCUAAGGCACGGCUCCCCCUUGCUGCCAGCUUCCUGUGUUGCAGGUGAGGCGCGGCUCGAAUCCAGGCUCUCGCUUCCGCCCAGGUAAGAGCGAGUGGAAGAUCCGAAAGAGGCAGCCGUGGCAGAGCUCUCCUCGCCCCGCAGAGAGCAGAUUAUUUUGACCACCACAGCACAGAUAAGCCAACAUGCCAGAAAAUCCUGUUGCAGAUAAGCAGCAGGUGCUGCGGAUUCUGGAGCGUCUGCUAUUAAAGCUACACGAGAGAGGAGACACUUCACAGAUCGAUAAUCUGGCUUUCCUGUACAAUACACUCAAGAACCCCUUGUUUAAUCAUAUGCUGACUCUUCAGCAGUCAAUCAAGCAACUGAAAGAACAACUCGCUUACAUGCCUCCAAAUCGUUCAGUGGAUUUUGAUUUUACCAGGAGAGGUUUGCUGGUGUUUGACGCUGAUCAAAAUUCUCUUGCUAAUGGAAACCUUUAUAUGAUGCACCAGAACAAUCAGAUGACUCCUCUAGUUCCAAAGCCUGGAGUUGAUGAGUUUAAUUUGGCAAUCCAGAGGAUGGCAAAGGGCAGGCAAAUAGAAAAUAUUGCAAUAGAGAAGCCAUUUAAUGGAGGCCUUGGAUUUAGUGUGGUUGCUCUUAAAAACCAAAGUCUUGGAGAACCCGGAAUCUUUGUCAAGGAAGUUCAGCCAGGAAGCAUAGCAGCCAGGGAUCAAAGAUUAAAGGAGAAUGACCAAAUACUAGCCAUUAAUCACACCCUGUUGGAUCAGAACAUUUCCCAUCAACAGGCCAUUAUAUUGCUCCAGCAAGCCACAGGUUCCUUACAUUUGAUUGUGGCCAGGGAGCCAACCCAGAGAAGCAGUCGGACUUCAACCUCCUUAAGUGAUGUUAAUUCACUUGAAAUGAUCAAUUGGGGCCAUGUUGAGGAAGUAGAGCUUGUUAACGAUGGCUCAGGAUUGGGUUUCGGAAUUGUAGGAGGAAAGUCAAGUGGCGUAGUGGUGAGGACUGUUGUUCCUGGAGGUCUGGCAGAUAAGGAUGGCAGACUCAGAACUGGUGAUCACAUCUUGGAAAUUGGUGGGACAAACGUGCAAGGAAUGAGUAGCGAACAAGUGGCUCAAGUGUUGCGAAACUGCGGGAACCGUGUCAAGAUGGUUGUUGCAAGAGACCCCACGUGUGAAGUAACGGUGACACCGCCGACCCCUGUAGCCCAGCCUGUUGGUAUGCUGUCUCCUUUUCACGACAGGCGAUUUGGAACGGAAAAUGAAAUUCAUGAAGUUCAGUUGACUAAGAAGGAUGGACAGAGUCUUGGUAUAACAAUUGUUGGCUAUUCAGGAGUUUCUGAUACAGCAGAAUCUUCAGGGAUUUUUGUCAAAAACAUAAUACCUGACAGUGCUGCGGAACACAGCGGUCAAAUAAAAGUCCAUGACAGAAUUAUUGCUGUCGAUGGGAUCAACAUUCAGAAUUAUACCAACCAAGAGGUGGUGGAGGCAUUGCGAAAUACAGGCCCAAUUGUACACCUGGCGUUGCUUCGAAAGAAACCUUUGUUUCCUGCUUUCUCUUCAGAAAAAGGCUUAGGCAGAGGCAGCAGUAUAGACAUUUUUGUAGAUCUGUGUCUGAUUGAAACUGUUCCUACAAAGUCAUCUUCCAUAAAACAAUCUUUCAGUAAGAGUGGUGAAGAGAUCUACUACUUCAGGAUAGACCUUGCCCUUGUUUAUUCCAUGUAA